GAGACAAAUAACCUCAGAAUUGCAUAACCGAGCCAUAGAGAUGUCUUGUACGGAGGUGGAAGAUGAGCAAAACCUUGCGACAUCCUUUGAAAAUCUCGGCCGCCCUCCCACCACAGGUAUAACGAAAUUGGGUAGAUCUAACUCUCAGAAAAACCUAGCAAGAUGUUAUCUGGAUAUGAAAUCUCUUCCCAGUUUCAUGUGGUCAUCAACCAAAGCCGCUUCUGCCGGAAACAACAAGGUGGAGAGCAAACUAGUACCCUCCUAUAUUCCACAGGUUCCAGGAGAAGUGGUGGUACCCCCAUUCGUUCCACCACCCAAUCCAAUUUUUAGUUUCCCUGGCAGUUUCAAAGACAAAAGCCCACCUGAGUUUUGCAGCAAGUGUUGUUUAGAGCAUCUUCCUCGGCAAGCUUGCCCCUGUACUAUUUGUUAUAGGCAUCACAUAUAUAGGCGCUGCCCUUAUUUAAGCAUUUUGCCGCAAGGGGCUGAGUUUAACCGGGUUUACUUCACAGCAGUUUGCGCCUUUGAUGACCCUGGUGAAUUUGAUGAGGAGAAGUGGGCUUGUACUUGGUGUCAUAGGAAAGAAGCUAAAGUUAGGUGCAAGUGCUGUUGUAUUUACAGGAGAACACACUGCUCCUAUGAAUGCCCUGAGGACGAGGUGCAAGAUUCCCAGUUAUUAUGGCCUUGCGAGAAUAUCGUCUUUCAUUUCUGAAGAAAGCUGAAAGAGCAUUGUCAAAGAAACUUUUGACCUAAUCGUCUGUGCUGCAGCUUUUGGCAACCUUUUAAUUUACUUGGUAUCUCUAAUGGAAGCUAAUGUAUUAGUGUUACUCUUGAAUCAGGGUAAUGUGACUUUCUAAACUUCUCAACCUUGAGUGCUUAGUAUCCGUGGUAUAUUUAGAUGUUUAUUAAUAAUGGAUUUCUGAAUUUGCAUUUUUAUCUGUUGUAUGCUUUUAUUACUAUUAUUUGUCUUGGUCUUUGGUAUUA